AUGCUGCCGUGGGCACCACCAGCGCUGCUUGCCCUGCUUCUGCCCGUGCUCCUGACUCAGGGAGACGCCAGGCGCAGGGGGGGCCUCCCGGCCCAGAACACCUCCGGGCCCGCUCUGCGGCGGCUGUCAGACCACCUCCUGGCCAACUACAAGAAGGGCGUGCGGCCCGUGCGGGACUGGAGGAGGCCAACCACCGUGUCCAUCGACGUCAUUGUCUAUGCCAUCCUCAACGUGGACGAGAAGAACCAGGUCCUGACCACCUACAUCUGGUACCGGCAGUACUGGACUGACGAGUUUCUCCAGUGGAACCCCGAGGACUUCGACAACAUCACCAAGCUGUCCAUCCCCACGGACAGCAUUUGGGUCCCGGACAUUCUCAUCAACGAGUUCGUGGACGUGGGGAAGUCUCCAGAUAUCCCGUACGUGUAUGUCGGGCAUCAAGGCGAGGUGCAGAACUACAAGCCCCUCCAGGUGGUGACUGCCUGCAGCCUCGACAUCUACAACUUCCCCUUCGAUGUGCAGAACUGCUCGCUGACCUUCACCAGCUGGCUGCACACCAUCCAGGACAUCAACAUCUCCCUUUGGCGCCCGCCAGAAAAGGUGAAGUUCGACAAGAGUGUCUUCAUGAACCAGGGCGAGUGGGAGCUUCUGGGGGUGCUAACCCAGUUUCGGGAGUUCAGCAUGGAAAGCAGCGACUGUUAUGCAGAAAUGAAGUUCUACGUGGUCAUCCGCCGGCGGCCCCUAUUCUAUGCGGUCAGCCUGCUGCUGCCCAGUAUCUUCCUCAUGGUCAUGGACAUUGUGGGCUUUUACCUGCCCCCAGAGAGUGGUGAGAGGGUCUCCUUCAAGAUCACACUCCUUCUGGGCUACUCUGUCUUCCUGAUCAUUGUGUCCGACACGCUGCCAGCCACCGCCAUUGGCACUCCCCUCAUUGGUGUCUACUUUGUCGUGUGCAUGGCUCUGCUGGUCAUCAGCUUGGCUGAGACGAUCCUCAUCGUGCGGCUGGUGCACAAGCAAGACCUGCAGCAGCCGGUGCCUGCCUGGCUGCGGCGCCUGGUUCUCGAGCGAAUCGCCCUGCUGCUUUGCCUGGGGGAGCAGCCAACCUCCCAUCAGUGCCCAGCUGCCUCCCAAACCAGCAAGACUGAUGACUGCUCAGACAUGGGGAACCACUGCGGCCAUUUGGGAGGACCCAGGGACUUGGACAAGACCCCGAGGGGCAAAGACAGCCCGCCCCCACCGCCGCGGGAGGCCUCCCUGGCCAUGCGCGGGCUGCUGCAGGAGCUGGCCUCCAUCCGGCACUUCCUGGAGAAGCGGGAGGAGAGCCGAGAGGUGGCCCGGGACUGGCUGCGCGUGGGCUCCGUGCUGGACAGGCUGCUGUUCCGCAUCUACCUGCUGGCGGUGCUGGCCUACAGUGCCACGCUGGUCACACUCUGGUCCAUCUGGAAGUAUUCCUGAGGAGUCCAGCUGAGCGAGGCUGGGGGGACUUCAGGGUUCAGGGGGUGCCAGGGAUAUUCUCAAGUCACAUAUACAGCUCCAUCCCUGGUUCCAAUGCCAAUUUAUCCCAGCAAUCCCGAAGCGGGGCCUUCACCCUUCUCCCCAAAUCUUGGCGUCCAAGAUCCUUACAUCCCCCCCUGCCCCCACCUGCCACGAUGGCUUUGAAACAUGUUGUCUUAGAUCAGAAGAAAUCCAUGCAUUUCCCAACUUCACUCUAUAUCUGUGCAGUAAGCCUCAGUUUCCCCGCUGGCACCCCCCUAAAUAAGGCACUUUGGAAUCCUGCUCAACUCCCUCAGCCUGGUUUUUGAGACUGAAGGCCAGCCAACUCUCUAAUAUAUGGACCUGAUAACUGCUUUAGGUUUCUCCAACACUAACGUCUCCUUCACCUCCGCUGUGACCACUUCCCUGAACACUCACGUUUCAUCAGAUGGUGGGGGUGGGGGUAAUAAAAUGUGAUA